CUCGGUGAGUCUGAGCUGAACACAGAGAGCCUCGCUGGGAGACAAAGAUGUCGAGCAGACCUCGGAGAGUGUGUCCGACCUGAGAGCAGGACCAUGGGACUGACGGAGGGGCUGCUCGGGCUGCUGUGGCUCCGCUCUGCUCUGCUCUGUGCAGCAGGCUGCAGUGAGCGAGUGGAGGUCCACACAGAGCGGAGGGGUGUGAUCUACAGCCCCUCGUGGCCUUUAAACUACCCCCCUGGGGUCAACUGCAGCUGGCAUAUCCAGGGAGGUCAGGGAGAGGUCAUCACCAUCAGUUUCCGUAACUUUGAAGUGGCGGAGUCGGGAAGUUGUUUGGGAGACUGGCUCCUACUGACACCCACGAGGAACGGGGAAUCCAGGCUGUGUGGCUCCAUGCUGCCUCCGCCCUUUAUCUCCACCAGGGGGCGUGUUUGGCUCUUUUUCCACUCCCAGGCCAACAGCACCGGGCAGGCCCAGGGCUUUCGUCUCUCCUACAUCAGAGGUCAUCUGGGUCAGAGCAGCUGUCAGUCGGAUGAAUUCCUGUGUGGGAACGGGAAGUGUCUUCCUCGCUCCUGGAAGUGCAACGGUCAGGAUGAGUGUGGCGAUGCCACGGACGAACGCAGCUGCUCCCCCCCUCCCACCGAGGCCCGUCCCGGCCUCUGCCCCCUCGGCUCCCCGGCGUGCAUCGAGGCCCAGUCCACCCGCUGCCUGCCCGCGGCCCUGCGCUGCAACGGAGCCCGUGACUGUGCUGACGGCACGGACGAGCUGGGUUGCCCCGACACCACCUGCGGCAGACACCUGGGCAACUUCUACGGCUCCUUCGCCUCCCCAGAUUUCUUCCGGGCCAACAGGAGUGCUGCGGCGGAGCUGAGGUGUUCGUGGUCGCUGGACACCCAGGACCCCAAGCCCAUCGUGCUGCAGCUGGACCUGCAGCUGGGGCCCGGGGACUUGCUGCACGUCUACGAUGGCCUGCUGCAGCGCGCAGAGCACCUCCUACAGGUGUUGUCAUAUCACAACAACAGGCGUCCGGCGCUGCUGGAGUCCAGUCGGGGACAGAUGAGUGUUUUGUACAUGGCCCAGCCUCACAGCCUGGGGCAUGGCUUCAACGCCACAUACCAGGUCAAAGGUUACUGUUUUCCCGGCGAGCGUCCCUGUGGCAGCGAUCAGGGCUGCUACUCUGAACGCCAGCGCUGCGACGGCUACUGGCACUGCCCAUCGGGCCGCGACGAGGAGGCCUGCCCGACGUGCCCGGACGGGGAGUUCCCCUGCGAGGGUGGUGCCGGCGUGUGCUACCCGGCCUCUGAGCGCUGCAACAACCAGAAGAGGUGCCCGGACGGCUCGGACGAGAAGAACUGCUACGACUGCCAACCAGGAAACUUCCACUGCGGGACCAACCUGUGCAUCUUUGAGACGUGGCGCUGUGACGGCCAGGAGGACUGCCUGGACGGGAGCGACGAGAGGGACUGCUUGGCAGCGGUGCCCAGGAAAGUGAUCACGGCCGCCCUGAUCGGCAGUCUGGUCUGCAGUCUGCUGCUGGUCAUUGCCCUCGGGUGUGCCCUUAAACUCCACUCCCUCAGGAGCAGAGAGUACAGAGCUUUUGAGACUCAGAUGACUCGCAUGGAGGCAGAGUUUGUCCAGAGGGAGGCCCCCCCUUCGUAUGGUCAGUUAAUCGCCCAGGGUCUCAUCCCUCCGGUGGAGGAUUUCCCAGUGUACAACCCCACUCAGGCCUCCGUGUUACAGAACCUGCGUCUGGCGAUGCGCAGGCAGAUCAGACGUCACUCGUCACGGCGGUCCACCUCCUCCUCCUCUCGCCGACGCCUCGGGCAUCUGUGGAGUCGCCUGUUCCACAGUGCUGGUCGGACCAGAGGCCACGCCCCCCUGCUCGACUCCCCCGGACCCGCGCAGAUCUCACUGGGGCUCCACAGCUACCGAACUGUGGGUGUGCAGGGGCGCCUGACAAGGGCCAGGUCCGGAGCUGGGCUCGGGGAUGAGGUUGAUGUGGUGGGGAUGCAGGGCUCCUGCUGCUCAGCCAAUGUGGACCUGCAGUCCUUCACGCCAGAGAGCCCUGCAUCACCGCUCUCCUUGCUGUCAGUGGACAGCCAAGAAGAGGAGGAACUGUGGCCUGUCAGCAGGGAACACAUCAGGGUGACACAGUCUGAGCCCCCCACCCCUGUUCAGAGUGACUCUUCAGCUCAUAGCGGACCCCCUCCCACUCACCAGGAAACCUCUGUACCCCCAUGCCACACCAGGGCAUCUAGGAAACUGGUCCUGGAGCUUGCAGUUAACCUAAAUGGUGUUUCCUUGAGACGCUACACCCCCUUGGGGCCCUUGUCCCCUAUCUCACCCGCUGUGUUUCCCAGCAACUCCCAGACACCCACAACCCAUCCGCACUCCCAGGGGCUGGAGGUGACAUCACCUUCUGAGCCCUCGUGUUCCUCUGCGAAAGCAAGGGACAGAAACAGCCACUUUACUGUGGAAGUUCCAAGCAGGGGAAUAAGGAGCAGGGAAGGGAGGAGGAGUGAAGGCAAGAGGAGGCUCUCCAGGUUCAGCAGGACCCUCAGCGACGAGGGAGGAGGUUCAGGGAGGGAGACCACGCCAUGCUGA